AUGACCUCCCAGGAGAUUUCAUUUUCAGAGGGGGGACAAAUUCUGGAGGGUCAGAUUGAAAUUCAAAAUGAAGGAUACAUUCAGAUGACAUCUGACGCCAUGGCCGCCAAUAUGGACCCUCAAAUACAAUACAUCGGCGAGCAACAAAUGGGCUCCGUAGAAAUGAAUGGACAGGAAAUGCUGAUAAUGCAAACCGAGGUAAAUGGUGAAGAACAGCUAAAUACACAAGGCGGAACCUACAUGCAGAUGACUUCACAAGGAAUAGUUAUGAACGAGGAGACAUGUCAGAUGCAAUCACAAGAUCUUUCUCAACAAUUCAUGUUCGACGGGCAAAUAGGGCAAGGGCAGCAACUGAUCAUCGGAGAAAAUUCUGGUCAAACAGUCGAAGGAGGGUUUGAGAUGCAGGGCACAUCAAUGGAGGGAGAUGGAAUGAUAAUGCAAGGAGUGGCCCAAAUACAGAUGCAGCAAAUGUCUUUGCAAGGCGAAGGGAUAACCUAUCUCGAGGGAGGUGUGGUUGAAGGUGAACAGUUUCAGCUAAGUGAAAUGUCGGCAGGUGAGAUGUCACUCGACAUGAAUGGACAGCAAAUGCAGGCACAAGAAAUGUCUGUGCAAGGCGAGGGAGUGUUAUAUUUGGAAGGGGGUGUAAUCGAGGGUGAACAACUUCAGGGGACUGAGAUGUCAAUGGGAGAACAAGUACAAAUGGAGAUGCAAAAUCAAGAGAUCGGCUUUGCCGAGGGUGGAGAAUUUCAGACGAGCGAAAUUUCUAUUCAAGAAAAUGCAAUUGUGGAAGGAGGCGGAAUUCAAGAAGAGCAGUUUCAGAUGAGUAACAUGUCCAUGACACAGAUGCCACUUGAAUUGAAUGGGCAAGAAAUACAGAUGCAAGAAAUGUCUUUGGAGACUCAAAGUCAAGAGAUUGCCAUAGGCGAAGGAGCAGAAUUCCAGACUAGCGAAAUUUCAGUUCAGGAAAGCAGAUUUGUGGAGGGAGAAGAAAUUCAGGAGCAACAGUUUCAGAUGAACGAGACAGCGAUAUCUGAAAUGCCUCUUGAGAUGACGGUGGAAGGCAUGCAGAUUCAAGAAAUGCCAUUAGAGAUGCCAAGUCAAGAGAUUGGCACUGUUGAAGGGGGAAAACUUUUGACAAGUGAAAUCUCAGUUCAAGAAGUUGGAUUUAUGGGAGGCGAAAUUCAGGAGCAACAGUUUCAGAUGAAUGAGAUUUCGAUGUCUGAAAUGCCUCUUGAGCAAGGUAUACAGAUGCAAGAAAUGAGGCUGCACGAAAUUCCACUGGAAAUGCAAAGUCAAGAGGUUGGCAUUGUUGAAGGAGGAGCACUCCAAACCAGUGAAAUGUCAGUCCAGGAAGUUGGAUUUAUAGAAGGUGGCGAAAUUCAGGUGGAACAGCCUCAGAUGAGUGAGACUUCGAUGACAGAAAUGCCAAUCGAAAUGAAUGCGCAAGAAAUGCAGAUGCAAGAAAUGCCAUUGGAGAUGCAGAGUCAAGAAAUUGCCAUAGUUGAAGGGGCAGAAUUUCAGAACGGUGAAAUUUCAGUUCAAGAACUCGGAUUUGUGGAAGGAGGCGAAAUUCAGGAGAAACAGUUGCAGAUGAGCGAGACGUCGAUUUCUGAAAUCCCUCUUGAAAUGAAUGUGCAAGGCGUACAGAUACAAGAAAUGACGACGCAAGAAAUACCAUUCGGAAUGCAACUUCAAGAGAUUUGUACUGUUGAAGGAGGAGAACUCCCUAGUGAGGUCUCAGUUCAGGAAGUUGGAUUUGUGGAAGGAGGCGAAAUUCAGGAGCAGCAGUUUCAGAUCAGUGAAACUUCGAUGUAUCAAAUGCCACUUGAAAUGAAUGGGCGAGGGAUACAGAUGAAAGAACUGACAAUACAAGAAAUGCCAUUAGAGAUGCAGAGUCAAGAGAUUUCCAUAGUCGAAGGCGCAGAUUUCCAGUCCGGUGAAAUUUCAGUUCAAGAAGUUGGAUUUGUAGAAGGAGGCGAAAUUCAGGAGCAGCAGUUUCAGAUCAGUCAAAAUUCAAUGUCGCAAAUGCCACUUGAAAUGAAAGAGCAAGGAGUACACAUGCAAGAAUUGGGGAUGCAAGAGAUGCCAUUAGAAAUGAAGAGUCAAGAGAUUGCCAUAGCUGAGGGAGCAGAAUUUCAGAACGGUGAAAUUUCAGUUCAAGAAGUUGGAUUUGUCGAAGGAGCCGAAAUUCACGAGCAACAGUUGCAGAUGAGUGAGACUUUGAUGUCUGAAAUGCCUCCUAAAAUGACUGGGCAAGUUAUGCAGAUACAAGAAAUGCCAUUAGAGAUGCAAAGUCAAGAGAUUGCAAUUACUGAAGUAGGAGAAAUUCAGGAGCAACAAGAAAUGCCAUUGGAGGUAGAAAGCCAGGAGAUUCGUAUGUCUGAGGGCGAUACGGGACAAACAGAUGGGCUUGAAAUAGUGGAAAUAACAUACCAAGAAAUACCAUUUGAUAGCAAGGAAACACAGAUGCAAGAAAUCUCUAUACAGAAAACAACGGAAGAAUUGCCUAUCCAAGAUACCUCGAUACAACAGACGGGAGUGCAAGAGAUAUCAGUACAUGAGAUGUGUGCGCAAAAAAUUCCUGCGCACGACAUGACAAUCCAGGAAAUGGCAAUGCAGGAAACGCCAUUAAAAACGGAUGAGACAAACAUCUUAAAAGAAGAAAAGAUGCAUGAAAUAGAUACCGACACGCCAUCGCAUGAACUGCAAUCUAAGGAAAAGAGUGGUGAUCUAGCCGAAAAAAUAGGGGUGGAGCCAUUCCAGGCAGCCGAAACGGACAUAAAAGAGAUGCCAUUAGAAGAAAAAACUCAAAACAUCACCUCCCCUAAGGAACAAUCCUCCGUAGAUGAAAAGCCUCUUCAAGAAGUGCCAUUGGACCUAAAUCAGAAGCAUAUGCAGGAGAUGUCACCUCAAGAAAUGCUGUUAGAAUCACAACAUGAAGCAUUACACAUUUCAUCCGCAGGGAUGACAGCUCAAGAAAUACCAUUAGGGAAUAUUUCUCAGGAGCUGCCGAUAAGCAAAAAGGCAAGUCAAGGGAGCGAAGCAAAUAACGGGAAAGCCAGGAAAAAAGUAGAAACUGCAAAUAAAACAAGUGAAACAAUACCCUUAGAAGACCGCAAAGAGGACGAGUUGCAAGAACAAUUGUCUUCCAAUGAGACCAAAAACGGAAUUUUAACACAUGGGAUUGUUUGCGACCAUGACCUAUUGAUAGAUCAAUUUCUGGAGAGGAUAAGUCGACUUGAAAAAGAUAAAGAAUACCUACAGGAGCGCUAUGAGGAGCUACGGCAAGAGAAAGAAACGACCUUUACUUCACACGAAGACCAGCUAACAACACGAGAUGAACAUCACCACUGUUGCAAUAUCGUUAAAGACUAUAGUAGUUUGAUAAAUUACAUAACAAGUCCACGUGAAGGUAUGUCUCAAGACCGCACUGACGGACGUUGCUACGUUCAUAAUCACAGUUGUCUUACUCAAGGCGAAAGGCAGCAUUUUGAGCAUUUGGAUCAAACGACUGCUGAUUAUGAGUACUAUAAGUCUAAAUGCGAGCAAAUAAAACGCGAGAGGGAUCGCUUACAAAGGGCCUACGAGACUGAGAAGAGGCAAAAGGAAGACAUUGAGAGGGAAUAUCAGAAUGAAAACGACGAGAAGACUUACCUGGAGGAAAGAUACCAAGAAAUGCUUGACAACAUACAAAGGUUUGAUGAAACCAUACGUUGUUUACGAAGGGAUAAUGAGCGUUUGCAGAAGAAUUUAAAUGACUGGGCAAACACAAGAAUUAUGACGCAGACAUCAGAUAUAGACAGAGUGGCGCUAGAGCAAAAGGGUGGCGGUGCAGGAAUAGCUGAAUACAAGAGAAGCAUAGAGACACUGGAAAAGGAGAACAACGAGUUUAGGACAAUACUUGAAGUUUUGAACAAAAAGAACGAGAACCAGCAAACUCUAAAGAACAUUGAAUUUGGUUUGGCAAGAGAAAACGAGUUCAUUCAGCUGAAGAAAGAUAGAGCAAGAUUGGAGAGUAGCCUAAAAGACUUGAAACGAACGAACAAACAUCAACAAGAGAGGAUAGAAGAGAUAAGAAAGGACUCUUCCGUAGAGAUUACGCGCCUGAAAGAAAACUAUCGUAAGCUGGAAAGAUCUUUGAAAGAGAACGUGCGACUCUUGGAAGAGAAGGAUGACGAGAUAACUAGUAUCAAGAAACGAAAUUCUGAGGAGAUGCAAGGGAUGCAAAUAAAACUUCAUACGGAAUUUUCUGCUUCACUUCUGUCAAAGAAUAAAAUCAAAGAUUUGCAGUCUAAGAUAGAGCGACUUGAGGAAGACAGAAAAAGACUAAGGGAAGAUUUGAGGGCCUCAUCUGUUAACACAAAACAUCGAUUAGCUGAGGUUGAUAAGGAAUACCAAGAUAUUGAAUUUAUUCAUCAAAGAUACGAAGAAGAGAGGCAAAGUAAGAUUAGGCUGGCGAGUGAUAUGAAAUGUUUACUUGGCGAUAUUAUGGAACUUAAGGAGAGGAACCAAAGACUACAAGAGGAUUUCAAUCGUGAAAGGAUGGAAAUCAAGGGAAUGCUUGAGAAACAAGCUACCGAGAUUACAGAAGAGUAUCUGGCGCAAAUAAACAAGCUCCAGAGAUCACUUAUGGAGGAAACGAAACGAAGAAAGGAAACUGAAGCUGGUAGCUAUGGUUUGAUCAGCAACCAAGGUAAUGGCGCGCACCUUAUCGGCGGUCAGAGAGAAUUUAAUGGAACAGCAAGCUGGGGUAACACUGAAUUGCAGAUACAGUUGAACAACGAGAUUCGACAAAGAGAAACCCUUAAAAUAGAAAAUAAGAAACUAUUAUAUAAGAUAAACGACAUUUUAUACAGUGGAGGACAAGGAGGAGGAGAAAGAGAAAAUCGCCAUAACGAAGACACCCUAUAUAGUGGUAAGAACAAGCAGCCCCACUUGACUCAAAAUAACACAACAAAUACUUCACGCGAAAGGCAGGUUAAUGAUAAUAGGCAAAGGGAAUUACAAAGUGAAAUAGAGGAACUUCAGGAAAAGAUAGAUGACCUUAAGAAAGAAGUCAAAAGAAACAAAGAUCUGAAAAGGAAAAACGAAGAACUCGAGGAAGAGGUUACGCACUUGAGUCGCAAACGUGACGAGCUUUUGGCCGCUCAACGAAAUCUAACUCGAGAGGUCGAUCAUCUGUCUCGUACACUGGACGAAGUGGAGAGGCGCAACCGAAAGCUUUCAGAUGAAACUGAACGAUUUAUGAAAAAAAUACAAGACAUUGAGGAGUCCUUCAGACAGGAAAAGAUGAGGCUGACAAGAAGUUUCGAAAGCGAAAAAUCACAAGCUGUGGAAGAAGUGAUGAAAUUGAAGGAAGCAUGUGAAACGAAACUUCGGGUUGAAAUAGACACUACAAGAAGACUCGAAGAGAAAAUCCUGCAACUGGAGGAAAAAAUGCCGCCAAACGUUUAUGUGCCAACUGGAAGUUUAGAGACAAGUUCACUUCUUAAUGACACCUAUUCGUAUACCCUUUCAGGAAAUGAGAGAAGUCAGUCAGUUAACACCUACAGUGACAACUUAAAACGAGAGGUGAAAAGGCUAGAGGCUAUCGUCAGAGAUGUAAACAACAAGCACGCAGACGACCUCAGAAAUCUCGAAAUACAAAAGCAACGAAUGUCAGAAGAAUUUAAAAGAGAAAAACAAUCGCUGGAGAAUUUCUUUCAAAAAGAAAAAGAAGGUUUGAAAAGGCGACUUCGAGAUUCCGAGAGCAAAGUUAAUGGGGACGGAGUAAUAACCUAUCAAGACCUAGGAGAGGGAGGAAGACGAUCGCUAAUAGGUCGAGGUCUGGAAGCUGUUGAUGGUGGGCUUGUGAAUUAUCGGGAGAAAGCGACAGAAGGGGAUUCCGAGCACACGAUCCAAGAGAUGCGAAGAAAAUAUAACGAUGAGAAGAAUGCCAUAUUGAACCGAGCCUCUAAGGAAAAGUCAGAAUUAGAGGAUGAAGUUAGGGAAGUUAAAGAAAAGCUAACCCGUUAUCGUCGACAAAUGGACGACGAGUUGGAUGACUUGAAAAGGAAGCACAGAAAAGAGGUAGAUUAUCUAAAUGAAAAGCUCUCUAAAGAACGAGCAGAGUACGACGAAAAACUGCGCACUAACAGAAACAUUCCAAACACCAAGACUGGACAUUUGACAGGAAACAGUCAAUAUAGCUUGGAAGAACAGAAGGAUGUAAGAGGAGAGAAAAGUUUAAAAGAGGAAUUGGAAAAGCAAGUAUCGGUAAUUACUUCAAAGUUCCAGAAAGAAAAAAGCAGCCUGCAAAAUGAUAAGCGGAAUUUAAUGGAGACAAUCCACGCUCUCACAAGGGAGGUGAAUGAUCUUAAAUGUUAUAAAAGAGAAUCCAAAAAUUGCUACAAGCAAGAAAUAGAAAAGCUUUCACGAAUUCACGAAGUUGAAAAAAUAACUAUUCUUCAACGAGCUUCAAGAGAUAAAGAAGAGGAAACUUCGCGAAUUAAAAUGGAUUUCGAAGAAAGGUUGUCUUUAGAAGGGAAAAAGUUGCAGUCAAUUAUCGAUGACUUAAGACGCAAGGUAUCAGUAACAGAGAGAAAGGUGAAAGAUAUGGAGGUGCAGCAAAAGAAUGAGAAAGUAAGGUGGGACGAAGAGAAAGCUGCUACCGAAAGAAUACUGAACCAAAGCCGGGAAGAGCUGAAGAUUACUCUCGAACGUGAAUAUAGAAAAAUGUUAAACGGAGAAAAGCAAAAAUUUGAGGAAACGGUCAAGGCGUUAACGACGCAAAUCUCUUUCUUACAAAAUCAAAGGAAAGAAAUUCAAAAAACGUUGGUGAAUAACGAGUUCUCAGGAAAUUGUAAGUUAAAUAGUGAGCAGCUCGCAAGGAGUAGAAUGGUUAUUGAGAUGGAGCAAGAAUAUUUGGAGAGAUCGGAACGCGAGAGGCGACCAAUGGAGGACAAGAUUAAGGGGCUUCAGCGAGAAGUCAGUAAACUUCAAAGGGAAAAGACGGAACUAAAAGCAACACUUGAAAACGAGAAACAAGAACUCGAAGAGGAUUUGGAAAGAAUGCAGAGCGACAUGAGACGAAAACUAAGCAAAGCGAGAGAGGAAAUGGAAAGAAAAACUGAUGCAUUCAGCAAGAACUUAGUGGCAACCAAAGAAAAGGAUGCAUUGGUGAGUAAGAUGGUAUCGCUAAACACAUUCAUUCCCUACCACAUUUAAUUAUACACGAUAAUGACAAACCUUUUUUAACAAUAGCGCCAGGAGGGUGGAUAUACUUUUCGAUGGUUUUUAUUACAAGUGGCCUAAUACUCUAUAGAUCUAUCCCGAAUUUUACGUGGUUCUGCACUGCUCCUCUUUCUGUUUAUUGCAAUCAGUAAGGCCCGUUUAUUAUCUGAAUGAAAAAACACACAAACAAACAAGAAAAAAAAAUUAAGGGAAAAAUGUGUAACGAUGUGUCACUUGUUAGCUUAUUGGUAGAGCUCUCCACCGGUAUCGCAGAGGUCUGAAGGGUUCGAAUCCCGUACAAGCCUGAAGUUUUUCAGGCUUUCUUUUCGCAUCUGCAAAAGUUGCGUAUAUAACUGCGAUGAUCAUCCUUCAUUUAAUUCGUCACUCCGCAGUUCACAUAAUUAUAUGAUUUUCAUAAUUUCAUGACUUCAAAGUGCCACUUUGUUACAAACUCUUGGAAUUCGAUAAUGAUUCCGAAAUAGUUAUUUAUACAUGUCAAAAGACUUCUAGUUCCAUACCCAGAAUAAGCAGUGGUCUAUCUGCUGUUCCUUAGAGGUACAGCAGAUUAAAAAUAUAUAUAUAUAUUGGUAGUGGCCUACAACCAGCUAACAGUUGCCUCUAUUAAUUUCUUCAAUUAAACUCCCCUUUUUUUGCAUUUCCUGACAGAUGAGUUCGGACUUGGCAUGCUCUUCACGCCAAACGUCUACAGAAUCAGAGGUCAGCAGGUAUAAGGACCAAAUAAACAUGAUGGAACAAAGGAAUAUGACUCUUAAUGCUAAAACAGAAAGGCUUGAGAGAGAACUCAGAAUUAUGGGUGAUCGACUGAAGACCUUGGAAACACGCAAUAGGGACUUGGAGGCAGCCAACAGGGAGGAAUGGGUAAGGCGUCUUGAAUAUCAUCCUUUCACCCCUCCACUAUUAUCAUCAUCGUUACCAUUAUCACCAUUAUCAACACCAUCAUUAUCGUCAUCAUCAUCAUCAUCAUCAUCAUCAUCAUCAUCAUCAUCAUCAUCAUCAUCAUCAUCAUCAUCAUCCUUAUAAUCAUUUUCUUUAUGUCUGCUUGCUAUGUUUGUUUGACUCUACGGUUACAGUUUUAUGUUUGGCGAGAAGACCUCAAGAAACAAGCGAGUUAUUGGCUUGACAACCUUCAUUCCCAAUCGAUUUACAAAUGGCUGCGGCGCAUUUGCAUCACGGCCAAAUCAAAGAUAUAUUAGUAAAACACCUAACAUCCUUUCUUAAUGCUAAGAAAGCUUGCUCAACAGGUAAUUGAUACUGAGAGAGGAUGUAGGACCUUGCUAGAGAAAAGUAAAUUUCUGGUAGGAUAAGAACGCGAUCGACAAUUGCCGCCUGUUUUGUUGUACGUGACUAACAAAGUGAGAAGCAAUUAACUUGUAGGCCAGAAUUGAUUAUAAUAAUAACAUGCGUUUUGAAAUGAGUUCAAGCAUGAGCAAAGGAUUGUGUCGCUUGGGGUAAGCAAUAUCAUUAGGUGAAAUACGCAUACACAGAGACACAAUUUUGGCGCUUCUAAACUAAAGUUAGCGCCAAAUAAUAAUACUAACAUAGAGGGGAAGACAGAUUGCAUGACCACGAAUGCUAAUUUUACACUGUGCGUUGCUUUAACCAGUGCUUAUGCUCAAGUCGAGCAUUUCAUCGCUGGAACAUUGACAUAGAUAUAAGCACUAGGACAAGAAGCAGAGUAGGUUUUAGUUUUCUUACAUUGCUACUAUCAUUUUUUAUUAUCACACAAGCAUCUUGAGGUUGUGUCGCUUGUAGCGACUGGGCUUGAAAAAACACUCUUUACCAUAUUAAGAUCACAAACAUAAUGGCAUUUAUAUUAAUAUAAAUUACGAUCAAAAUCCAGGGACCUUUAUUAUCCUAACUGACUCUCAAAAGGUCCUCAAAUGAUUGGUGCUUACUGGGUCUUCGAUGUCAUUUUAGUUUUUUUUUUAUUCAGGUUCUUUAUUUUCUUAAGAUUUUUCCUGCUUACAAAAAAUUUUAUUGUUACUGACCAUUGUCUAGCUAAAAUUACCUAUCAACAAGUUGCUUUGUUUUUACAGAAUAUGUACAGGAAUGACCUGCGACGCUCAAGUCUGGGCUACCUGAGAGAAUCCGACAUAACAGGUGGAAACGAUGUUUCACUGGGUUCAAAUCUUGUCGGCUUAAGAUUUGAGGGCAGACCGUACCAGCCACAAUAUUCAGCUAGGAUAAGCAACUCUAAUGCAGGCCAAUCCUUGACAAGCCUAGGCCAGGCUUACGGAGACAUUCUUAAUAGGGUUCGAUAUACAAUGCAAACGACCGGAAGCGUUUCAGAUGCCCUUGGAGGUACCACAGUGGAUACUGCCGGGUUUUCGAGUACAGGAUUGGUCGGAGCUACAGGGAUUGCGUUACGACAAAGUGGACCUGUAGGAAUUAGUGAUUUGCGUUACUCUGUAACAAAGCCAUUAGAUAGCAGAAACAUAAAUAGCAACGGAAGUAUGGUUGGAGGUACAGGUGAAGCAGUAAAAAAUUUAUCGCCUGGUGGAGAAGCAAAUCACCAGCCGAAGGCCUAA